CGAAAAGGGAAAUUCGUGGUCGGAGGUGGUCCAGUGCUGGUCCUCCAUGUUGAAGACGGACAUCGUAAGGCGCCAACGUCCAAAACGUCCACGAAUGGCCUCGUCUUUUUACCGUUGUCGGGGAUUGGCGGUACGUCCCUGUCGGUUCGUCGGGCGGCCCCACGGCAGUGCCGUGCCGGGCGUCGGACGAUUUCGGGCGGGUCGUGGAGGUGUCGUAGCGUUACCGCGGGCUGCCCAACGGUCGGAAACACGAAUUUCUUUAAGCGUCCACCCCCCGCUGGUGGCUGCAGCAAUUUCGCACGUUGGCGUCUUCCCUCGUGCAACGUGUGUCUCCGGUCGCCGCGAUCGCGACAGCCAAGUGCGUCCCCUCUCCUUCAUGGCUGACCUGUGCCGCAAGCUGCCUUUGUUGCUGCUUGCGGCUGUACUGCUGCUUGCCGUUGUCGUCUUUCAUAUCUGCAUCCUCGGUUGCGUCCCUGGGAGGAAACAGAGGCGGCGAAUGACGAAGGCGAUCGGGAAGAUGGAGAAGGUGCAGACGAAGAGGACGAUGUCCGUAGGGGCUGGCGGGUCGUCACGUCAGCGUUGCAGCUCUGCGGAAGGCGGCAGGCGCUCGAACGACCUGACGCUGUACAGCCACCUGCCGUCCCACAAGAUUCCAUUGCCUCCGAGUGACGACGACAGCGACGAGCCCCGAUCAUCAACUGUUCCUCUGGGCAGCGGUUCGACGAAGGAUUGGAUGGGGAGCCAGCUGUACAGACAACCCUCGACGCCGACGUACACUGAUAUGCUGGAGGGGCGGACCCCGGUUGGUUAUUACGGAGGGCUCGUAGAUCUCAACCUCGGUUUGAGGUCAAGGAGUGGCCAGGACGUCACGCACACCGUUCUCGUGAACCCGGGUUCUGCCAGCAACCACACAGCGCCUUUGAUGGGGCCGUGUGGCCUUCGUGACACCCGUGGUCGGGGUUCAGGUCAGUCUGGCGACGAACGUGGACUCGUUUCGCGAGGGCGGGCAGCAGUGGGCACAGCAGGUGUUCGCGCGGAGGGGACGAGGACACGUGGAUCGACAACGGCAGGUGGCGCAGCCCACCGAGGAGGGGAUAACGCUGACAGCUACGCUCCGGAGGUCGCGGGGCGAGAGGUUUGGGAUGAUUACCGGCGACAAUCGUGUCAAUCUAGCACGUCCGCCAUAACGAGAGGGGUGGUGAAGAUCAAUGUACGGGCGGACGACACACCCGACGAUUACGACGGUGCGGGUGGUGAAGAUUGCUCGGCAGGCGACGGGGGCAAUGACAACAGCGACAACGACGACGGGGAGAUGAAGAUUCGUCCGCUGGGGAAGAAACGGGGAGGGCCCAGGGCGACGAACAAGUCCAGCGAGCCGCGCGCGGGGCGGAGAGGCAAGAAGACUGCGGGAGAUGCGUCGGCAGGCGACGGAGCGAAAAGCAGGGCUUUUUGGACCGUGGAACACAUGAUUGCUCUUGUCAGAGCUAAAAGAGACCAGGAUUGCAUCUUGCUGGCCUCGGCCACAACAUGGGAAGGAUGAAGACGAAGACAUGGAAGUGGGCCGACAUCUAGAGCAGGCUCGUGCAAAUGGGGGUGACGACUAGA